GUACCUCCAAAUAUCGUGCAGCUGUGAGUGUUGAAAUGACGUACCCGUCCAUGUUAUCAUUCGCUGAUCCGUCACUCAAAGUGCAGGGCCGGUCGUGAGUGUAUCAAGUGCUCUACUUUAUUUUUGACAUUCAACACGAGUCGGCGUGAUGCUUGGGUUGUAGCUACUGGGAUCCCAGUUGAACUGGGGCUUGUUCGGCGUCCUCACGGUCCAGCUAUAUCUCUACAAUGAGGCGGGUUACAAGGAUCACAUCUUCAUCAAGUUCGUUGUGUACGGGAUGUACUUCUUCGAAGCCCUUCAAACCGUCCUCCUGACCCACGACACAUUCCGUCAACUGGCCGAAAGCUUCGGCAACUUUGAGGGCUUGAUUGCUCCGUACCUCAUGGGAUUCGAACUGGGCAUUCAGUCCGCUAUCAUCGCUAGCGUGACUCAAUGCUUCUACGCAUGGCGUAUAUACAUCCUCAGUUCCUCCAAGAUCCUCACAGGGCUCAUCGUCUGUGUUUCGCUGUUACAAUGCGCUGGAGGUAUCACGGAGGGAAUCACAUGCUUCAUCUAUAAUAGUACGUCAUCUACGAUCCCUAUUGAGGCGAAGGCCUCCGGUAUUUGGGUUGGAGGUAGCGCAGCGUGUGAUAUUAUCAUCACCCUCUCCAUGACAUACAUUUUAUGGAAGAAACGCAGCGGUUUCCAGAAAACGGAUAGCGUGGUCAACAAGGUCAUCCAGCUCGUCGUUGAAACCGGUCUCUUGACAGCUACCAUGGCAAUCGUCCAAUUGACUCUGUACAAUAUGUUCAAGGAUACCGAGUACUUCAUGACGCCCGUCGGCGCUCUCUCCAAGGCGUACAGUAAUUCCCUGUUCGUGCUCCUUAACAACCGCAGCCAGAUGCGGCAGCAGCGAGACACCGGGGGCACCACCAGUCUGAACCUUCCGCAGCUGCAGACGACGCGCGCGAUCCAGAUCAGUGUCAAUCAGGAGACGUUCGGUGUUAGGAACGACGCAACGGCCGACCGGUCCUCAGACAAAAGUCAAUAUGACGAGGAUCUCAAGGCCGGCCUUGGUGGAGGUCUGCCAGGCGGCGCGCCUCAAGUGCAGGCUUGAGGGGAUCCUGUCGUGUCGAGGGUUGGAGGGGGUCUGGAUAUGCUAUAGACACGACUGAUGCUGUGUUAUGCAUCGCGUAGCUCAAGCAUGUCAGAGUACCACCUCGCAUUGCUGUCGCUCGUUUGCUGGUAUAGUCGCUGCCCAUAAUUUACAGGCUGGCCUGGUGAGUAUGACGCGGGACGCAUGGUUUGCCGUG